AUGCCUCUGAGUCAUUUCAUAAGGCUAUGCAUCAUCUCGGCAUCCUUAAUCACAGCUGUUCCACAUAACGUUGUACCCACCGUCACUUCAGUACCAGCUUCGCUACCUUCCCAGCUCCAGCAGAAUGUUCCAUCCUGCGCUCAUUCUUGCAUACGAUCUUCGUUGUCAGAGCGCUUCCCAAUAGCGUGCACUGCUCAGGACGAUAUUGGGUGUCUCUGCUCUCGCUACAGCACUAUUGGAGAGUCAUUAGGGGAAGUGGCCCUAGGUUGUGUAUACGCUGCUUGCGGGAAAAUCGAUGCUGCAGCAUCAGCGUAUAAUGUGUGUCUUGGCCAGAGGAACGCCGUUUUGCCCACCAAGACUGCUCUUACUGUUGUUCCAAGCAACGGCCCUAGCACAACUUCUCGCUAUUCAACAUCAUCCACAACAUCAACCUCGAAAGGAAUAUAUCCGUCCAUUACAAGGACAACAUUAGAAACGAAGACAUCUGCUAGCCAGCCUGUCUUUGUUGAUUCCAUCUCUCUUCCUGCGUCCGCCACAUCAACAUCCAUAUCGACACCAACCUCAAUUGUCGCACCAGCCACGAACGAUGACCGUCCUAAGAUGACCCCAGCUCAGAUCGCCGGACUCUCGGUAGCGGCUGUUUCAGCAUUCAUCAUUGCCAUUGGUCUGAUGGCAUUGAGUGUCUUUUUAAGGAGAAGGAAAGAGGCAAAGAGCAUAUAUGUGCAUGGGAAGGACCAAGACCACAGAAGACGACAGUCGGCGCACUUCUCACAUUAUGUUCCUGUCAAUGACGUGUCAGAAGCUUCCACUCAACUCCCUAUCCUACCGCCUCCAGCAGCUUCACGAGAUGGACCCAGGUAUCCUCGACUAGUCACUCCAUCACCAUUUAGCACUUUGGGAAUUUCAGCCGCAGGCUCAGGUCGUACUGUAGUAAGACCAGGUGUUGGUACAGCAAUCAGUGCAGCAUCUGUUCCCAUGUCACAGAUUGGUCUUGCCAUUAGCGCUGAGUUGGAAGGCUGUCCUGCGCCUGCGAAAUCUUCCAACCACCCAAGGCAGAAGAUUACAGCAGAACACUUCCGACCCGUGAGUACCCGCACCGAGAAUACUGUUUUCGAAGAGGAUGAAAUCGCCGCUCGCCAUCGGUCCUCAAAACUCCUCCCAACACCACCAGUCCCCAUUGUCCCAAUUCGAAGCUUACAACCUUCUCGUCUCAAUUCAAAAACUCCAACAACUUCGGCUACAUCCUCAACCCACGCAGUAAGCCGUUCAGAGUUGUUUCUUGAUAUCCCAGUCCGCCAUGAGAGACCCCAGCCGAAGAGAGUUGCGAUAACAGGCUGGUCGUCGACAGGUCCCCCAGCUCUAGAUUGCCCUGCACCCAAAACACAAGCUCCCUCGUCCAUCUUUCGGCGGACUACCUCCUCAUCAGAAACAUCCAUAACACCUGCCAGUGCUGCCGACAUUCCAAAUUACUACUUCACCUCCUCCCCUUGCCCGGCGCGUGAUAUAACACCACGUCAAGACUCGGACACGCUACCCACCAAUAAGUCUCAAUCCCAUGCCCCUAGAGCCCGUCGAAGCCCUGGUACAACACUCGGCUCACGCACCGUCUCGCGUACUUCAACGCGGCGAACAUUCCGCGACUCUACUUCAAGUCAAACAUCCUUCGAAACUGCAGACCCCAACGACCCCACGCCUGAAGACGACUCAGACGACAAGCAACUUUCAGAUGACAACAAGCUGUCUCCUGUCGCGGAGAGUCCUAUACACGCUCUGAAGUACCCCAAGGUGCCAAGGGCGUCCAACCAGUCGGUCCCCAGGAGUCCGAAGAUCGGAAGUACACGCAAGAGCAGGGAGGAAGGAAGAUUCUAUAUCCGCCCUCUCCCAGAGCCUUCAUCGCUGUUGGUCAAGAGAAGAGGGGAGCGUGAAGCCCAACAACUCGAGAACAAAUUGGUACUCAGUGACCCUUUCGUCACGCCAACACGUCGCCAGCUGCGCUUACAUACACGCAACGCAAGUGCCAACUCUUGGGACCACACACCAGCGUCCAAGAUCGAGCAUCAAAGCUACAACAACAGUCCAUUGGUCGAUGAGGCGGAUGUUGUUAGGCCACUAAGCAUCGUUAAGAAGACUGAUAUUUCAAGGAAGAGUAGAGAGGGAGGCGAAAUGAUAGGGCUCAAUAGCCCAGUAUGGAUUCCACAUCUGACGCCUACACGGAAAGGAGAGGACUUGUUUAUCAGUGUAGGUUGGGGUGAGAACCAUGGAAAAAGACGAAACGAGUGA